CGCCGCCGCGGGGGCCCCGCCCGAGGAGGACGCGGCGGCGGCGGCGGCGCGGCCGCGGGGGGCCGCGGGCCAUGGAGGAGCGCAAGGAGGAGGGCGAGGCGGAGAUCCAGGAGCACGGGCCCGAGCACUGGUUCUCCAAGUGGGAGCGCCAGUGCCUGGCCGAGGCCGAGCAGGACGAGCAGCUGCCCCCCGAGCUGCAGGAGGAGGCGGCGGCGGCCGCGCAGCCCGAGCACAAGCAGCAGAAGCUGUGGCACCUCUUCCAGAACUCGGCCACGGCCGUGGCGCAGCUCUACAAAGACCGAGUGUGCCAGCAGCCAGGACUGUCGCUCUGGGUCCCUUUCCAAAACGCAGCCACCGCCGUCACCAACCUCUACAAAGAAAGCGUGGAUACGCAUCAGCGGAGUUUUGAUAUUGGAAUUCAGAUUGGCUAUCAGCGACGCAAUAAGGAUGUGUUGGCUUGGGUUAAAAAGCGCAGAAGAACUAUUCGCAGAGAAGAUUUGAUCAGCUUCCUGUGUGGAAAAGUUCCUCCACCACGAAACUCUAGAGCUCCCCCAAGACUGACUGUAGUGUCCCCUAACAGAGCUACUUCAACGGAAACUAGCUCAUCUGUAGAGACUGAUUUGCAACCCUUCCGGGAAGCCAUAGCUCUGCAUGGUCUUAGUGGUGCAAUGGCUAGUAUAAGCGUGCGUUCGAGCACCCCGGGCUCUCCUACCCAUGUAAGCAGUGGAUCGAAUGCUAGUCGAAGGAGAAAUGGACUCCAUGAUGUCGAUUUGAACACUUUCAUAUCAGAAGAAAUGGCACUCCACUUGGACAAUGGUGGAACUAGAAAGCGUACCUCAGCCCAGUGUGGGGAUGUCGUUACAGACUCACCAACCCAUAAACGCAACAGAAUGAUCUAAACUGCAGACAUUCGCACCCCCACCAUGCUGCUUGAAAGCCACUUGAUCCUCAACAUAUACUAUUAUUGCAAAGGAAACACGAGGCCAUCUUCCCCGUUCACUGUUUGAGACACGCGAAUUCUCUAGUGGCGGCCACCCGAGGAGGUCCUAGGUAUUGGCAGUGGAUGCCUCUUAUAGACGCUGGCUUUCUUAAACUCUAACCCUAGCAGAGGACAUCAGAUCUCGUGUAGUGUCGUUAGCAAGAUCAUCAUAGGCAAACAUAUAUCCGUUCCAAGGCUAAAAAGUGACCUUAACUGUAUUUAUUCUCAAAGGGAAAGGAAAUAUCAGAUGUUUAUUUGGUUAUAGAAACGCGCUUUUUUUUUUCCCCCCUCUCCCCUUUUUUUCCUUUUUUUUUUUUUUUUUUUGGUCCAUUUCCUGCUGUGUUGAGUAUUUUGCUUCAACAGUAUUGCCAGGUAUCUAAACAUUGUCUCAGACCCACGAUUCGGCUUCCCCAUCAACUCUGCAGGCUCCAUCUGGCGCAGCGCUGCCGCGCACGCCCGGGUCCCGGUCACUCCGCUGUCCCUGUGUCUAGGUUCCCAGGCGGUUCCUCCUGCUGGCGAUUGUGAUGUCAAGAGGUGCUAUGAUGGUCAUGCAACUCACGCUGUGGAGUCAGUACACGGAACUCUGUCGGAUUCACUGUGUGUGUGUCAGUGCUCUAAAAAGUUAGCAGAUACUCUGAAGCGGCCCCGGGAAUCCCUGUAGGCCCGAGAGACUCACGUCUUCGACCCAUGCUGCUCCGCUGCAGGGAGGUCACCUGGUGGUAGAUGCAGGCGCGUAUGCGGACUUCCCUUUGGGCCCAGGGGCAGCGAGGAGGGAGAGGGGGCUGGUGGGAGGGUGGUGGGCACUGGAGCCUUUCAGAUCCUGUUUCCCCAGUACCCCCAGGGGCCCCGCUUCAUGCAGUUUCCUCCGGAACGGGAGGGAGAAGAGGGUCUUUUGAUCUCCUGCCGGGGUGAUGCAUCCAUCGCAAAACCCACUUCCCCGCCCCUCCCCCGAAGCGCACUCUGGGAAAGACGGAGCCGCAUGGAGGUUCUCUAGAUUUUAGGUAGACCUAAAUAAAAGUUCUCAAUAGAGUCUUCUUUUGAGUAAAUAUAAGACCUCUUGUAGUAGCUACAAUGUUUUAGAGCAUGUUUCACCUUCAUUUUUACUAUCUCAAACUCAAUGAUAGUCUUUUUUAGAUAAACUGAUGUCAGCCUGCCAGGUACUGUAAUUUAUCAUAUUCUAUAUCCAGUAGGACAGUGAAAAAUGUUUCCUUGCAAACUUGUAGUCCAGUAUCAGUUAUUUCCUGUUUUUUAAAAGGCCAUUGCAAAUCAGUGUAAGGGUUUUUUCCAGUAAUUACAGCACUUUGUUAAGUUUGCGAUUUCUUCCGCCAUUCAUUUAAUAAUACCUUUCUGUGAAGAAACUUGGCUGAGUUCAUCUUAACACUCACGGACAGGGUGGGGGUGUGAACGGAAUGUUAGAAACGUGUGAACUGAAGUUCUGUAUCCAUUAUAGAUAGAGCCCUUAUUUAAAAAGCCAGUUCCAUACUAAAUCUAGCAAUGAAAGAUAUUUCUAAAUUUUUGCAAGAGCGGAUCAGUUUCUUGGUUUGAAUAUAAUAGCAGGAAAAAUUAUAGCCGUCCGAAACAGACAGCCUGUGUAUUAUGAAUACUUUGCAGCUUCCUUCUGGAAUAUCCCGGGAAACUUCGCCUUUGAGGCUAGGCUUGUUUUCCACGUCACUGUAAAUUUAAAUUUGGAGUCGGGGCUUGGCGGUGGGAAGCGCAGCUCCCAGCUGGCCCAGGAGUCGAGACCGAGGAACGCCUCUUAGCCGCCCCUCUACGCCUUGGUUCUAGUUCCUUUCUCCGAGUUGAGUAACAUUCUUCCUCUUGGUUUCGUUUCGGCUGGUGCUCUGAGCAUAACCUCAGUACCCUUGAACGCGAUUGUCAAAUUUGAUAAAACGUGCCAUUUUCUUUGGUAAGAGCAAAGCAGGUCUUCAUGUCUGCCAGAACGUGAUUUAUAUGCCUUAUUGGCUCCAUUAAACUUUUCAAAAACUUUA